AUGGAUGAUGUUGCUCGCAAUGAACGUGAACAGAUAUUGUGGACUGUAGGAGAGCUACAGGCAAUGUUAAAUGGAAUUGUACAGGACAUUAUGGAGUUUUCAACACUGGUGGGCAACAUGAUUUAUAAAGAGAGAGAUGAGGAACAAGUCCAGCAGCCAUCUCUUAAAACUUUUGACUUUGCACAAACUUCCAUUGCUCCCAAGGUCAAGGGAAAAAAACCAAUCACUGACCGCAAAGAACUGGAGGCAAAGGACAAAAAGAGUCAAGUGUUCUUCCUUGGUCAGCGAGCAGUUGGCACUGUCCGAGAAAUCUACGACAUUUUGUCUUCUUCCCUUGAGUUGUUGCAUGAAGAAUUCGAAAUGAUAUAUCGCUCCUUCAAGGAUGUCCAACAGCGUAAAGCCAUCGAGAAAGCACUGUUGUCUGGUCAACUGCCAGAAAACAUCAAACUUCCUGGACACGAGGCCAGUGGAGGACCUGGUCAGGCCAGUAUGAAGUUCCAUGGAGCCACCACAGAGUCACUCCUCACCUACUACAUUCACGCCUACGGUCAACUUCAAAAGACUCAGAGGCAGAAACGGGCUGGUCCCAAUGAUACCAGUGGUCCUGAACGUGGUUACAUGCUCUCGGAGAACAUCACAACCGAACAUCGUACUAAGACCCUGUCCGUCACCAGUAUUACAUCAGACACAGCUAACACAAUGCAGAAUGCUGUCAUGGUGCUGGGAAUUCAUCGCUCGAAGUCCGAAGUAGACAUCAACAGUAUUAUUUCCAAUGAUUCUACAACUUCUUUGAAGCGGUCACAGACACAUGUGUUUGUGUCAACAAAAGGCGGUGAACAUAUCAAACCAGAGACAAUGUCGUUCAUGCGGGAGGAGGCAAGGGUUGCAACAACAACUGUACCCAAGAAAGGCCUGAUCAAAUUGACAGCCCUAGAAAACGAACUCGAUGGAACAUUCAAUUUUGGUAUACAUGAGCGUGAUGAUACGUCAGAUUUAGAGGAGAUUGAGCGCCAAAGACGUAAACACAGUGUGACUCUAGGCAAACAGAAGAUGCUGAUCCGACGAAAGAACAUUCAGGAACAGAUAUUGGCCGGGAAGCAAAUCUUGGAAGCGGAGGAAAGACAGAAGGAAGAGGAGGUAGACAUGGAGAAAGCACUGGAGGAGUACACAAUGGGGGAGCUAUCCCAGAAUAUCACACAGUAUAUUGGUAGUCAUAAGAAGAGAGUUGGGUCAAGCUUGAUGAAUGAAAAAUCUAAGUCCAAAGUAUAUGAACAAGAAGAGGAACAGAAGCAACAAAGGGCAAUAACUCUACCUGCUAUAAACACACUAAAUAUCAAUGUGUUUGGGAGCUAG